AUGUCGGGUCACGAAUUUCCCCCAAUCAACCGACUGGGAUACAGUCUCGACUUGUUGACAGUAACACCCUUGGACAUCAAGGCGGUCGACCAAUCCAUCAAGAAAGCGUUCAAGAUCUUCGACUACGACCCCGACGAGCAUACACGCGAGGUGAAGACAGGUGAUGAAACAUUCCAGGUACCCAAAACUAUCGGUGUCUCCACCGACAUCAGCAACUUCCAAGGCAGCUUCGUCACAUACCACAGCGGCUCCGAAGCUUCCUCCAAAUUCGAAACCGAUGCCAGCCUCAGCAUCAGGUACCUUGCCGUGUCUGGUGGCGCAUCCGCCUCCUAUGCGACCGAAAAGUCUUUCCGUCAACAGAACCAAUAUGCUUUCUACGCCAUGAAUGCUGAUCUGUACUCAGCCAGUCUUCGUGACUACAUCAACUAUAUCAACGAAGAAGUUCUGCUCAAAAGGAUAGCCAAACUUCCACGACCGUUCGACGGUAAUCACCCAGAACACGAGAAAAAGUAUUGCGACUUCUUUGCUUCGGUCAGAACGCACGUCAUCAACUAUUGCACGUACGGUGCUAGAUGUCAAAUGAGUGUCUGGGCCUCUAACACUGAGAGUGAGGUUAACAAUCACUUUGCUGCAAGCGUCACAGCAUCCUACAAUGGUGUCUUCGCCAGAGGUUCCUUCGAUGCCUCCGUCAAAAAGGAGAGCCAUUACAAGAAUUUCACGGAGCUGAAACAGGCACAAGUCACCGCUCAAGGCGGCGACCUCAAUUUGGGCACGUACUUCAUCAUGCAUCCCGAUAGUAUGGACGCCUAUGAUGCCUGGGGGAAGACCACGGCGACAUACCCCAACGUAACCAGCUUCUCCACGGUGGAGAUUUGGUCUCUUCUUCGAGACAGUGCGAGCGACGAUUUGAGUGAUGCUGCGGAUGAUCUCGAGAAAGCCUUUGACCACUUGAAGGACCACAAGGAAAUCCAUGAUACCCCUGUUACUCUAAGCAUCGAAUCUGACUGGGCCGAGUUUGGUUUGUUGACUCCCAGUGCCGUCAUCAAUAAACCCCAACCCUCGAAAAUCCCAGACAACACUGUCUGGUCAGAGACCAAAAUACAAUGGGGUCGAGAACACAGUCAUGCUUAUGAACGAAAGGACAUUCGAUUCGUGGUCAGCAACGACGGUUCGCCAAUCGAUUUUUACAUCGCUCACGGUAGUCAAGCUGGUCCAAAUGGCAGGGGAAAGGUGACCAUCAUCACUAACCAGGGAUGGUACGAGAACAAAGAAAUCACCGAUAAUAACUGGAACACAGUCUGGUUUUAUCAGAAGCCUGUCAAUCCCAAAGUCACGCAGACGCGUUUGUCUCGCAAUUGUAAACCUUGUACUUGGAACAAGACUUUGUCCGAGUAUUUAUACGAGAUUGGCCAUUACAAGAAGGAAUAG